AUGUCGAAGACCCUCGAUGGCCUCCCCAACGAGCUUCUCGAGCACAUAACGCGUUACGCGCACAACUGGGAGAAGCUCCCCCAGCGCCUCAGCGUAUACGGCGUCCUCGCGCGCGUCAAUCGUCGCCUGCGCGCGUUCGCGCUGCGAUACCUGUUCACCACACUAUGUCUGCCCGUACGGAAGACGGAGGACCUGCACUUCGUGCUGAAGCCGCGUCCGCUGGCCGCGUUAUCGGCCUUGCUGCAGAGCGAUCCCCGGUAUGUGCAGUAUGUAAAGCAUCUCCUUAUAGGCCCAAGGUCGUACCCCAGCUUCCAUUGGCACGACGAAGGCCCCCCUGUCGUUGAUAUGACCGACUGGUCAUGGCGUUUCCUCUCCCACGUCCAGUCGGCUCAUUGGGUCAAUUUGCGGAGCUUCACGUCCCUCACGAUCACCUGCACGCCGGCGACCUUGCACAUACUCAAGUCGUGCCAUAACCUGACGAGCCUGUCCAUGCGCUGGACGCACCGCGAGUUCCCCGACCUGUCGCUAUUCCCUCGGCUGGAGUCGCUGCGUCUUGUCGCCAAGGUGUUGGGAGCGAAGAAGGUCGGGAAGCGGCGACGCCUGUCCUCGCAAGUGGUCUACCCAUGCAAGUCCUUGAAGACGCUCGCGAUCCAUGAGGGUGUCCGACUACCGCAGGCCAUCGCAGAGCAGCUU